AUGCCUAUUACAGUUAUCGGAUCGCUCAAUUAUGACUUGGUAACCUACACUGAAAAGGUGCCAGAAGCAGGCGAAACUUUUCAAGCCAACUCCUUUGAAAAUCAUCUUGGUGGAAAGGGUCUCAACGAGGCACUUGCUUCCUCGAGACUCUUGCCAGAAGAGUAUAAGGGAACGGUUAGAAUGAUUGGAAACGUCGGAAAUGAUUCGUUUGGUAAAGAAUUGAAACAGGCACUUGUUGAUGCUGAAGUUGAUACACUGUUUGUCCAAACAAUCGAUAGCCAAUCAUCAGGUGUUGCUGUGAUUCUCGUUGAAGAAGAAACUGGUGAGAACAGAAUCUUGAUCACUGCAGGUGCUAAUGGAGAAUUGAAACCAACAGAAGAAGACUACGAAAAGUACUUCCCAGAAACGAAGAAGAAGGCAAGCAAAGAAAAGAGCGUAGACUUUGUUAUAUUGCAAAAUGAAUACCCUGAGCCGUUGGAAACCAUCUCUUGGGUGAAGACCAACAGGCCCUCCAUCAAUAUUGCAUACAACCCAUCUCCAUUUAAGCCAGAAUUGGUCAAUCUGAACACCUUUUCACAGAUAGACUUGUUGAUCUUAAACGAAGGUGAGGCUAAUGCAGUCGCAAGCAAGCUAUUCGGAAAGACGUAUGAAGAAUUCAAUGAGCUUGCUGUUCAGCUUUCCAAGUUAAUCAACCAGGAUAACAUUUGCACAGUCGUCAUAACUCUUGGAAGCAAAGGAUCAGUGUUUGUGAGUAAAAGGUCCGAGAGUAGCAGCGAUACAGCUUCAUUUGUACCUUCUAUCAAAGUAGCUAAGGUAGUUGACACCACUGGUGCUGGUGAUACAUUCUUUGGGGGAGUCGUACUGCAGUUGAGUGUGGGGAGCAACAUUGAAGAAGCUGUGAAGUUUGCAACUGUGGCAAGCAGUCUCACCAUCAGAAGCAAAGGUGCAGCCGAGAGUAUUCCUACGUACGAAGCGGUUAAGAAGGAGAGAAGCUGA